GGGGCCGACCCAUAAUUGAAAGUGAAUGAAUUUAGUAGCCCAAUGCAACUGCUUGAAAGUUGAAAACUGAAGAGGGUGCGACUCAUAAACAAAUUUAGGUCAGGUGGAACUCUAAUUUUGGUUCAUCGACGCUGUAUAAAAUCAUCACUAUUCGUAUGAUCGGUUCUGAAAUAGUGAAGAAAUGGUUCUUACAAGGAGUAAAUGCAAUCUCGACAAACCUCAUAACAACACCGCAGACAGUCCACUGAAGCCCAACAUUUUCAAAAACCUAAUCUCCGCCCUUGAAUCUCCUGUGGAUAUCAAGACACAACUCUUGAAAAGUUCAUAUUAUUUACUCAUUGAGUUAUCUUCAAGGAAACAAAUUUAUACAAGCAAAGGAGCUGAGUUUAACGGAUUAGUCAUUGAAACCAACAAUGGUGAAAUCAGCGUGAGUUUAAGAGAUGUAUACACACUCUCCCGCGUACUCUUUCAAAAUCUUCGUAAACGGUUGAAGCAUUUGCACUCUACAAAACAUCAUGUCUCCGCCACUCGAUCUCUUGAAUUGGAAGAGUUAAAUCUAUUAAUAAGAUGUUGCAUGGUAACAUUGACCAUUUGUGUGGACCAACAACAUCUUUUGGAAAGUGGAAGAUUUCUUCUUUUAGUAUUCAAAAAGUUGACUUUACUUGACGUAGCAGAAAAAGCCGAUUUUGAAAGGACGUUUUCUUGUCAAUGCAUGCAUAGUGGUGAAAUUGCCUCUGACUACUUUGCUGAGGUGGCAUCCUUAUCAUCGUUAGAGCUCUUCGAUACCUGCAUUCCUUCUAUCACAGCACUACUUGAGGUGAUCAUAGACGAGCUUUUGGUACAUGGUCAGUUGAGGAAGUAUCUGCAGAAAAUCGAUUCCUAUUCUCCUAACACAUGUUUAUUUAAGGUUAAUGCUGAUAGUGGUAACUUUGGAUUAAUGAUGGAGAUGAUAUGUUCUCAUUUUUCACUCUCAAUCUCCGGUGAGGUGGCCCUUAAACAAUUUCUUAAUACGUUUGCGUGGGCCCAUUCUAAUAGUUCCACGUCAUCAGCACUCGGAAUCAUCCCGGCCAAAACGUUACUGCAAAACCCCAUUAUGCCUUCUUCACCCAAGUUAUUGCAGGCUCAUAUUGUUUCAUUGGUUGCUGAUGUCAUCAGUGUCGGCAUAAAUCAUGAAACUCGCACAACAGAUCCUAUGCUAAUCGAUUGCUACCUUUCGAUAUUUGAAAGCUCGGUUAUACUGUACACACAACACAUGUCUGAUUUGAAAACCGAGAGCUGUACAGCUGAUGCUAGGGGCAGUUUGGUCAAUAAAAGUUCACAGCCGUUGUUUGAAUCUUGUAUUGAUUCGGGUAAAAGUGAGAAGCUCAGUCAGAUGAUAACCGCAUUGAACAACUUGUGGAAUUCGAAUUUAAGAAGAGAGUUUUUCGAGAGAGAGUCUGAGCUUAUAUCGUCCUCUAUGGAUUAUGUACAGCAGAAUGUAUGCAUAAUCGACACAACAUGCAGAGAUGAGAUUUUAUCAUUUUUAAAAUGCAUGAUUUUACGAGCCGCGGAUGACGUUAACGAUAUCAAACUGCCUCAUGAUGGUGACACUAGUCUACAAGAUAUCUGUCUUCUAGCAUCCUUAUUAAUGCUGAUGAGUAAUUCACUUAUACAAGCGUUAAAAGGGAUCUCAAACCUCAAGGUGUACGAUAUUAUAGCCGGAAGCAUUACUUGUUUCAAAGAAUUCAAUAUACGUUUUCCAAUUCAAAAGUUUUCCCACAGUUUGAUGGAACGGAAUCCGACAAGUCGUACGGAAUCACGGCUGAUGCUUUUGCAUUUUCUAGGGUUGCUAUCGUUGUGUUUCGAUAGUGGGCUUGGGUUUUUGGUAAAGAGCUGCGUAUCGGUGAUAAUGGGCUUGUGUAAUCUGCUUGUUUCUGAAGAGGGUAGCGUAGACUCAUUGAGGUUGUUAGUCGAAGCUGAACCUGGAUCGUUAUUGAUUGAAAGAUCUCUUACUGUUUACAAAGAGGCUUUCGUAUGCCGAUAUCCUAGUCUUGGAGUGGCUGCAAAAUUUCAGAAGACGCGGACACUAUUUGUGAGCAAUGCUUGUGCUGCAAAUGAAGUAUCAUUACCAAGAGAAACUUGCAGUGGGGAGGUGUACCUCAAGACCAGAAAUGUGACAAAUGAUGUUGAUGAUUUGGCUGACUUUAUAGAGUGCCAGAAGGACAAGGAUUAUGUCGGUUGGUUAAAGGAUCGGGGAAAAUUCCGAGAACGGAAACUAGCAAAACGACUCAAACGCAUUCGGGAGAAGAAGAAGCAAGCAUGGAGAUCCGUAAUGGGGAAGACUUAAGGUUGUGAAUGGCCAGCCAUUCAUCAAGUUUUGUAUAUGGUAUAAAUUUUUGCUCAAAAUAUGUAAUUUUGAAAGAAAAUUGUGUACCCACUACUAUCACAUAAUAUGUGUUUAAAUUAACCUGUUAGUUAAAUGAGAAGUAUUGUUAUUUAA